GCUACGUAGUGAGACUGUCUCAAAAAACCAAGUGAGGGGCCGGGGAUUUAACUCAGUGGUGUUGCGCCUGCCCGGCAAGCGCACGGUCCUGAGUCCAUCCCUGGUACCGCAAAACAAACCAAAAUGACCGAGUGAAACAAGAGAGCCAGAACAGUUCCUUGAUGUCCCCGUGUGCUGGGACCCUGCCCCCGACCGAGCCGCGCUGUCCUCUGCCCCGCAGCAUGGGAAUCAUUGUUCUGGAGCUGUAUUGGAAGCACGCGCCAAAGACCUGUAAGAACUUCGCAGAGUUGGCCCGGCGCGGUUACUACAACGGCACCAAGUUCCACAGGAUCAUCAAGGACUUCAUGAUCCAGGGAGGCGACCCCACAGGCACAGGUCGCGGCGGCGCGUCCAUCUAUGGCAAACAGUUUGAGGAUGAACUUCACCCCGACCUCAAGUUCACCGGGGCUGGCAUCCUCGCCAUGGCCAACGCAGGCCCGGACACCAACGGUAGCCAGUUCUUUGUGACCCUGGCCCCCACCCAGUGGCUGGACGGCAAGCACACCAUCUUCGGCCGCGUGUGCCAGGGGAUAGGCAUGGUGAACCGCGUGGGGAUGGUGGAGACCAACUCCCAGGACCGGCCUGUGGACGACGUGAAGAUCGUGAAGGCGUACCCUUCUGGGUAGAGGUGGCCGCCCCUUAGGUGAGCCCGGGGCUCAGACAACGCCCUUCGGGCUCUGCCCGGGACUGGCCUGGGGGAGCCCGGGACAGCACCCAUCCUUGGAGGUGUCUCUCGGGGCUUCGUGCCGCUCCCGCACUGCGCCAUCCCUGCCUUUCCCUUGCCCUCAGAUCAGAGGGGUGCAGACUGGUCGUUCACAGAUUUCUGUCCCGGCACGCGUCUGCCUACAUUUUCCCUCAAACCCAGAGCACAGCUCUGUGUUCUGACCCUUGAGCAUCCACGCAAAGCCACAUUGAAUGCUUGCCAAGUGAAAA